ACGGAACUUGGUUGUCCGUGCAUCCGUGCGCUGCGUGAAUCAUACGGACUGAACCGCACAAGCGCCGCUGGAAGCUGGCUCUACUCUCGUGGCGAGCUGCAGUGGAUCCCGAACGCGUAUCUGCCAACUGCGCGAGAGCAACGGUACGCGUUGCUGCUGUUCCGUCGUCCUGCGACGACAGUGUAGUAGAAAUACUAGACGCAUCGACGGCGGCCGUAGAAUUCGGCGGCAGUGGGGUGCGUGUUUGUGCGUGCGUAGCGGAGUGUUCAUAGCGGCCGCGGCGGCGGGAGAACGCCGCCGACAAUUUUCUCCGCAGCAAAAAAGGAAAGGAGAGAACGUGGCCAUCAUGUCGCCGUCGUUCGGGGCACCGCGGUUGUCGACUGUCGCAUGCGGGAAUGCUGGACGAGCCAGCUGACCGAAGCGCCCGAAACCGAAAUUCUUCACUGCUCCGAUCUACAACAGCUACAACUGCGGCAGCGCCGAGAGAGCCUUGCGGGAAAGAGACAGGAGCAGGAGAGAGAGAGAGAGAGAGAGACCGGAUUUAAGCCUAAUUAGAGAUCGCUGCCUUCGGUUUUGGGUGAAUUCAAGCCGGCUUGUUUUUGUGGCCGCCGAAAGCUCGUCGCUCGCUGUGGAGCGCGAAAGAGGGUGUUGUGUGGUGGUGUCGUUCAGCGUCGCGAGUGAAGAAGAAAACGCAAGACGGAGAGAAGAAAAAGGGAGAGUUGUCGCUGAAGAAGGGAAGAAGAGCCCGCGAUAUCGUGCCCGUGCUCGUGUUGUGCGUGUGGUGUGCUCGUGUAACGUGAGGUAGCAGCCGCUUGUGGCGUGGAGCUCGCCGGCGGCAGCCGUGAGUGCGGAAACGUUUCCCGACGUGUCCUGAAUUCAUAGCGUUAGGCGUUGUGACCGACGUGUUCCUUUUCAUCUUCACUGGCGGUCGCUGGGUUUCCUCUUCGUUUGCGACUGCGGUGGUGAUCCUCGGGUGUCCCUCCUAAAAGUUCGGUGGCCUGCUCCGGAGAACGCAUUUUCAAAAUUUUUGGGGGCAUUCCGUGGUGGACACUCGGCAAAAUGAAGCGAUUAGCGGGAAAAAAGACGGUGGGGAAGAUCAUCAUGCCAGAGCCGAACCAGAACCUUCAACAGAGAGUCACCCCUCCGCGCAACCUGGACUCCCACGCGAGGCUCAUCGUGGAAGGCCAGGAAAUCGAAGUCUCCACGGAUGACCUCCAGGUCAUCGAGGAACUCGGGAGAGGUGCCUAUGGCGUUGUCGAGAAGAUGGUCCAUGUACCCAGCGGCACCAUCAUGGCUGUCAAGAGGAUAACCUUCACCGAGUGCAACCAGGAGCAAAAACGCUUGUUGAUGGACCUUGACGUCUCCAUGCGCACCAGUGACUACCCCAACACGGUGCAGUUCUAUGGGGCACUGUUCCGAGAGGGUGAUGUGUGGAUCUGCAUGGAGGUGAUGGACACGUCGCUCGACAAGUUCUACCAGAAGGUGUUCAGCAAAGGGAAGACCAUCCCCGAGAGCAUCCUGGGGACAAUCGCCUUUUCGGUGGUGAGCGCCCUGCACUACCUCCAGAGCCAGCUGCACGUGAUCCACCGAGACGUGAAGCCAUCCAACAUCUUGUUGAACCGACGCGGAGAAGUGAAGAUGUGCGAUUUCGGUAUCUCCGGUUACCUGGUCGACUCGGUGGCCAAGACAGUCAACGCUGGCUGCAAACCAUAUAUGGCUCCUGAACGGAUCAAUCCAGAGCACUCAGACAUGGGCUAUGACGUCAAGUCCGAUGUUUGGAGCUUGGGCAUUACUAUGAUUGAGCUGUCUAUAGGCAGAUUCCCGUAUCCCAGUUUCCGAACUCCGUUUGAACAGCUCAAGCACGUGGUCGAGGAUGACCCUCCCCGGCUGCCGACGGGGCAGUUCUCACCCGAGUACGAAGAUUUCAUUGAUGCCUGCCUACAAAAGCACCCGACAAAGAGGCCGACUUACCCGCAGCUACUCAACAUGCCAUUCCUGCAGCAUCACUCUCAAAGCUCUGAAGAGAUCUCAGAGUUCAUUGCCGAGAUCCUCGAUGGCACAGAGGCGGCCAAGAAGGAGGCCUCACCGUCCAACUAGCCAUUGCAGCAAUGCUCUAGGCCAACCACAGAGACUCAGUUGCCACUCGACCUCACCUGGGAGUGCAGCACUGCUGGAUGCCUAGGCUACAAUGACUGGCCGAGCACCCGGGUCUCGCAUAACCCAAGUGCAACACCGCCAACAGUCCCGUUUGGACUUGCCAAAGCACAUUGUGACGGGUCACUACGGUUUCGCCAUUGUCGCACGGCUCACAGUGAUGCCGCAAAGUGUCAGGCGAGCGACGACCCCUCAACUUCAGCGAGACUGAACCUCGAAAGAGAGCCUGCGGUUGCUACAAAGAGCAGCAAGUGUCGUGCAUUCUCAGUAGUUCUCAGCAUCUUAUGCAGUCUCGCAAAACUCAAAGUGGAGCUCCUUAAGGUACUCAGCUCUGUGUGCCUGUGGCAUUGCGUGACGUGCCAUCGUACGAACGAGCUUUGCUGUGCCCGAGUACUUCCUUGCUCCGUAACAGAUCAUCCGUCUCCAAUGACUUAGCAAGACCGAGUUCUGACUGUGCACAAGCUUUGCACUGCUGCCUUUAAGCCAUGUGUCUUGGAUUUUUGAGAGACACCUGAUGAGCUCCUGCAAGAAAACACCUGGAGAAAUGCAGCCAGCCAGGAGCGACUGUGAAACGCCUUUACACUGGAUUUGAUCGAAGCUGCUAUACGAGAACUCGUACCGUGCUGGGAAGAAGCAGGAAGUCACUGUUCAGGUCCGUUUUCAGUGGAGCGGGGCUGGUUUUUGAUGCAGCAUUAACACCAACCUAAGCUACCACUUAGGAUGGUUUCUUGAUAAGCGCCAAGUGGCAACAACACACAGCAGCCUCACUGAACCGAGGGAGAAAAUGGUGGUGCCAGGACAUAGUGGCACUCUCCGUGUGCUGUUUGUGUGCGUGUGUUAUGGUGCAUCAUACCAGUGAUGUGCUAUUCCUGGACUGACAAAGUUCAAAUGCAGCUGGACUUUAGGCUCGCAUACCAUACGUACAUUUAGCGCACUUCCUGUUCUUGCACCUGUUUUUGAAUCCUUCUGACCUGCUCUUAUGCUGUUGUUUUUUGUAGGGAGAGGAAAAGGACCAUUUAAUGGACCUUAUUUCGCUCUGUCAAGGAUCGAGGUGUUAGUUUAGAUCUGAGGGGAACUUUGCAUGGCUUCUGCAAACCGUUGCUAUAAAGUUCUGGAGCGAAGUGAAAUGAAAGGUGUCGUGGCUGAAUGAAAUUCGGUGUGCGCUCGAUUGCGGUCAGAAUGAUUCUGCACUAUAUCUUUCUGAUUUGGAGACAAUGGAUGCUCGAGACGCCAUUAUGGUGUGGACUAGCUUUGAAGCGUUGCGAAAAGACAAUGCUUCAUUUGUCAGCAUGCUGGCUCUAUGAACCAUGUUUUGAUCCCUGCCAAACAUGCAGCAGUGAACGUAGCGCUUGAGGUUCUGGAUUGCAUCUGCAAAGGAAGCAUGAAGUAUGCCAACAGAGACUGCAAAUGUCAUUAGCCAUUCUCACUUUCUUAAAUACGUUGGCAAACCUAACGCACGGCUAUUGAGACAUCCAAGAGUAAUGUAACUAGCCCGGUUGAAAUGCUACACCUAACCGCUUAUCACAGAUUAUACCGUGCUGCAACCAUUCUGCUAACAGUGCCGAUGAACCUCAGUAAUAAUGAAGUCGCAUUUGGGGCAAUAUUUUGUUUGUUAAACGAAUGAACAAUAAUUGAUGCCGACAAAGUCACAGUUGAGGCCGUGCAACUAAGUACGCAAUCAGCACUAAGAAACUUGCUUGCAAAAUUCUUGCUUUGAAAUAAACAUGCAUAUGCCUUUCACCCGGAGUUGGUUCUAAGAAGCACAGAAUAGAAAGCUUCACCAUUCUACGUCCGGGUUGUUGCAAGGCUUAACAGGCUUCCCGUUGGUCUUCACAGCAUUUGUUGCACAUAGGCCUCUUAAUUUUCUGUCUCAAAGUCAAGAUUGUUGGCAAGAUGUUUGUAGAAGGCCAACGUUAGCAGUGCAUGUCUUUCUUCUUUUGACCAGUGCCCGCAGUUUUUAAAAACUUGAUUUUCGUAUCCAGAGGGGCACAUUUACAGUUAUAUUUGCGGGCCUUCUGGCUUUUUGCUGCCGACUUCCACUGUAGUAUUUUGAAUUGGUUGCAAACAAAAAUUUGCUUUCCUAUAACAUGCUGUGUUUCUUCCCACAUUUUUGGCUCCGGUGUAGCAGUAUAAUACUCAUUGAAAUAAAGCAUGGCCAACCAAAUUUCAGAGCUACUUCAGUAUAUUCGAUAAUUCAUUAUAGCCCUAUUCCUUAUAUCGAGGUUCGCUUGCUAUGAUUUGUGACUGGCACUAACAAAAAUUUGAUGAAUGAGAUAGGCCCAACACAGCAUUCAGAGACUGUUGUGUGGAUGACAAUGUUCAACAGUUUCUCUUACACUUGCAGCACACUUUUGACAUGUGAAAUCCUGCUUGCCUGCACCUUUUGGCAACAAAACUUUGCCACACAUGACUUCUGGGUGCUUGCCAUCUGCAUACAUUUUGCUAUAUGAUGCCUGCUUUGCAGCCUUUACAAAAGUGCCUGUAAAUUUACACUUUUCUGCUUUUUCGGAAGUUGUUGUUAUAUUAGGAUAUGUUUCUAGAGACUUCUGCCAUUGACCCGCUUUAUGGCAAUAAAGCAUCAAAGUCAUACUUGUUGAGAAAA